CCGUUGUCCGUCAUUUGUUAUAGACAUCAAUGGAGGUUGCCGGUCUAACACUCAGUGCUGUCGCACUGGCAACGCUAUUCAACACCUGCGUCGAAUGCUUCGAGACUUUUUCCCAAGGGAGAAACCUAGAGAAGGACUUCAGCUACCUUCUCAUCAGGCUGGACUUUGAAAGAACACAAUUACUAUUGUGGGGAAACUCAAGCGGCAUUCUCAAGAUCGAGAAAGAGGAUCGACAUGUCAGGUUGGCAGACCCGACGGUUUCCAAGCUUGUUGAAGAUGCGCUAGGUGCAAUCAAAACUCUUCUCUCGGAUGCCAGUUUAUUGCAACAGCGUUAUGGCGUCAAAUUCAGUACCGCAACCUCGGCAAAGAAACAGUCAAUAUCAGCAAAUUUACUUAGUACGAACAGCAUGAAUUUGUUUCGCACCUCAUGA